AUGGUGACGUCCCCGAGGCCGUGGCGCGUGCUGGUGGCCGUGGCCCUCUGCGCCCUGCUCUGCCUGGGCACGCUGGCGGCCGCCUACCCCCCAAAACCCGAGAGCCCCGGGGACGAGGCCUCCCCCGAGGAGAUGGCGCGGUACUUCUCGGCCCUGCGCCACUACAUCAACCUGGUGACGCGGCAGAGGUGA